UGCUGCUGUCCUGCUGUCCUCCCCCUCCACUUGACACCAUUGACGAUCAAGCCUGAGUGAUUGCAGUCCUCCCUUCGCGACAUCAUCAUCAUCCUUCAAAGAAACGCGCGAGCUUGGCCUCAAUUUGCCAGAAAAGGUCUCUUGAGCGGAGAAAAGCGUGACUACGAGGAUGCCUUCUCCACACCCUGCAGCUAAUGGUCAUUCCGAGUCGCAAUCAGUGGCAGGGCCCUCGGAUCUGUCCAGAGCCGCGCGAGCGUCGCACGAGGAUGAGCGACCUCGUCCAAUCUACACGCAAACAUCGCAAUAUCGGCACUGGAACAUGUCCCCUUCCGCCUUGGCAGAGCAGAAAGAGAAAGAAUGGCACGCCUCUCGAAAACGCGUACAAGAAUCCUGGGAAAGGGAGAUGGGCUUAGCGGGGACUUUGCCAGAGGAGGUAAGGUUGAGGGCGCCAGAGGUGUGGCCGGAUGCAGCAGAGCUGGAUACGAUGGUCAGAUUCUACCUGGGCAAGUUGAGAGGCUUGGUUGGCGUGUUUGGGCUGCCUGAUCUGGUCGAGGAGACGGCCAGCACGUACCUCAAACGCUUCUUUGUCAAGAGGUGCGCACUCGAAUGGUCCGUCAAAGACAUCAUGUUGACCUGCCUCUAUCUCUCACUCAAAUCCACCUCUCACACCGUGCCGCUCUCUUACUUCGCAACAAAGAUUGCGGGAAAGGCUCCAGGAAAAGAUGCCGUCAAGGAGAUGGAGCAGACGAUCCGAGGAUUAGAAUUCGGCGUGGCGGAUGCGAUAGGCUGGGAGUUGAGCGUUCACGGGCCCGGAAGAGCCUUGAGAGGGCUCGUGUAUGAUAUGCAGAGCCUGCAGCCCAGCCCGCUCUCAACGCUACACGCUUUGCUGCCGAGAGCUCAAUCUCUGCUCUGGUCAGCGCGUCUUACGGACCUGGAGCUGCUCUAUCCUCCUUCUCAAAUAGCUCUUGCUUGCCUCAUGGGCUCCGCAUCCUCCUCCUCUGCAAAUGCGCAGACGGAACAACAGGACGAGGCUGCGAAGCUUGUCAAUCGUUGGCUGCAGGACAAGUACGAGCGUGGGGAGAGGGAGCAUCAGAGGAGGCAAGAGGAGUAUCAGAAGAUUCAAGCCAAGGCGAGCUCGAACAAAGAGGGAUCAAAUUCAGCUCUGGCCGACACAGGGAGCUCUGAAGCAUCGGACGCACCCAAAGCACCUUUUGAUCAAACGAUUGAAGAGUUGCAAAGCUCGCUGCGCAAAAUAUUGGGCGUCAUUGUAGCUCAAGAAGCGUUGAGCAAGGAAAUGUCAAUGCCUGCAAGUGCAGAGGAAGACGAAUCCGCAACUGGUGGCAAGGCGCCUUCUCGAGAGCUCGUGGAGGUCAAGAGGAUAGAUGCGUUGCUCAAAGCCUCUGCUGAUCCCGCAAAGAGGCCAGGUAGUGCCAGGUGAGCCAUGCAAAGUUGCUCGAUCGCUAUUCGCGCGUCAGGGUCAUGACCAAAUCAUUCUUGCCAACGUGAUUUCUCUCCAUGAACGACAGCCACUUGCAGACCCGACGAGCUCAAGAUGCUUCGGAUGCCACGAAGCGCUCGCACAAAGCCUCAAAGUCUAGACCCGCUGCUGCUCUCUCCAGCGACCCAUUCGACUCGCCGGAUGAACGACGGAACGUCAAACGCACCAAACUCGAAGCACCUCCAGUGGGACUCGGAGAUCCGUUUGAUGGUCAAGCAUCGCAGCCGGGUACACAGAGCGCGCGAGCAAAGGGGGCAAGCGAAUGGGACAGCGAUGAUGACGUGCCCACCUCGAAGGAUGCGCUCAGAAAGUGAGGCGGAAGAGCUGCAAUACACGGGGGGCUACUAGUCAAGGUGCCGUAU